CUAAGGGAAGGAGGCCCCAGAAAUGUCCCUGCUGAGAUGCAGGCUGCAGGCUCUGCCUUCACUCUGCCUCUGCAUCCUGGGUCUGGCCUGCAUUGUGGUAUGUGUGACUACAGAAAGUGUGAGCCCCGCACCUGGCCCUGAGAGCAGCCGCUGGAACCUGGUGAAGGCCAGGGUGAAAGAGAUGGCAGAGCCGCUGGUGACCGGGAUCAGGGACAGGUGGCAGAGGUUCUGGGGCCCUGGGGCCUUCCAGGGCUUCGUGCAGACCUACUAUGAAGACCACUUGAAAGACCUGGGUCCCCGCACUCAGGCCUGGGUACAGAGCUCCAGGGACAGCCUCCUGAAUAAGACCCACAGCCUGUGUCCCUGGCUGUUGUGCAGGGACUGAACUCAGGGUUAAAGUGCCCCACACCUUCCCCAGCAUCCACAAUAAAGAGGUCACCUACAACAUGGGC